UACUUGCAGAAUUUGAAGAGUAUUUAUAGCAGACUUCUUUUCAACAAAGUAGUCAAAAUUUUCUUCAAUCAAAUUCUCAAUUAUUGGGAGUUGAAGUUGUUGCAUCAACAAUAGAUAAACAAGCAGAAUGCACGACAAACCAAGCACUUGCAACUAAUAUUGGAGAGCAACCCAUAGAUACAAUCAGCUACAUUAGAGUUGAAGAGCAUGAAAAUGAAAUGAGAGUUUCUACAACAACUAACAAGGAAAGAGGGAAAAUACCAGUAAACCCUCUAGAAGUAAAGACAUUGGGGACACUAACAGAAAAUCUUCUUCGAGUAGCUUCUACUCAUGAAAUAUCACCUGGAAAUGAAAUGGUACAAGUUUAUGAAUACAGCAAAAUUAUACCAAGAGCAAACUUAUUGUCUGAGUUUGAAGAUUAUUUGCUAAGAAGUACAAGGGAGAAUGUGAUGAAAGGAAUAAAACAGGAUGGUAGACAAAUGGAAAUUGGUGAGUCAAGCAAUUCUGCCACAAGAAUUUCUGAAAAAAUAGUAAGGACAAUUGAAGAAAGCCAAGAAAAUAUUUUCACUUCAGCUCAAAGUCAAGAAAUAAGGAGGACAGGAAUUAGAAGACAAAAUGGUGCAAAUCCCUUUGAUGUUCCACAAAGAUCAACAAGAAAAAGACAAAGAGAAGCUAGCAACAAUGAUAAUGAAGUCCAUAAUAGAUUGAAUGUGGCCAACACAUCAACUGAUGAUGAUCCUUUGAACAAGGAGAUAAUUGAGGAUCUAAUAAAGAUGUUUGAUGAAUGCAACAAAUUAGUGCAAGUUUUUUGGAGAGCUAGAGAUACAUUGGUAGAAAAUGGAAUACCAGAAUUUCAGCUCAAAUUAUUAAGUGGUGGAGGACCUGGUGAUCAUCAAUAUUCUGCACCAGAAAUGGCAGAAACUGUUGGAUUAAUAAUUGGAGCUGAGGAAGAGAUUUUGCAGGGUCGAGAUGUGAUCAUUCAACAUAGGAAUGGUACUGUGAAAAGAAUUAAUUCAUCUUUUCCAUACUACAUGGCUUUACAGUAUUCUAUUUUAUUUCCCUAUGGUGAAGAAGGAUAUAGAAACAAUUUAUAUGAAGUUGAUGAGAAUGGGAAUCAAACAAAUGACAGGAUCUCAAUAUGUGAUUACUACAGAUAUUAUUUUCAGUUUAGAGUUAAUGAAUGGAACACAAUCAUGUAUGGUGGUAGAUUAUCUCAGCAAUUUGUUGUGUAUGUAUACUGUUGUGUUGAAGAACAGCGAUUACUAUAUCAUCGUCUCAACCAAAGUCAAUUGAGAAUAGAAUUUUACAAUGGUGUGGUGGAUGUAGUGAACAAAGGGGAUACAGAUGGUAAAAUAGUUGGGAAGAAAAUCAUAUUACCAUGAAGUUUUACUGGUGGACCAAGAUACAUGCAACAGUUGUAUCAAGAUGCAAUGUGCAUUUGUCAACAUUUUGGCAAUCCAGAUUAUUUUCUUACAUUCACUUGCAAUAGUCCUUGGAAUGAAAUUAAAGAAGCUUUAAAAUUCAUUCCUGGGCAAAAAGUAGAAGAUCGUCUAGAUUUACCAGUGAGGGUAUUUAAGAUGAAAUUGACUGCAUUACUUAGGUAUAAAAUAGUCAAACUUUUUGUUGAUGGUUUUGUUUAAUGUUAAAAUGGUACUUUUUCAUCUGUUUAUGAAGGAAUUGAUUGAAAUAGUAUAUUAUUUCUCUGUCCAUUAAUUUCUUUCUGCCUUUUUGUUAUUAAGUAGCACUAAGGAUUCAUGUUCUAAAUUAUGUAUUUUUCUUCUUUUAGUCAAACGAGGCUUUGAUGCUGAAUGAAUCCAUUGAGUUCCUUAAAUCACUUUAGUUGCAAGCCCAGAUUCAUGAGAUUGCACUAAAGAAGGAAACUGUGGGUAUCGUUACAACACAAUAAUAUGUUGACAAGUUUGAUAAAAGAAAGAAUGAGGAAUUGCCAAGGACACACAAGUUUAUGUUGGUGCCUGAUCUUCACCUAUUCCUAGAUGAUGGUUCUUGAUGUUUUCAAAUGUGGAGUAGGGCAAGUUGAUGCCUCUUACCGCCACCAUUUACUCUUUGGUCCCAUGUGUAUCCAAAUAAGAGUACCUUAUUUUG